GCAGCGACCGACCGGGCGCCCGACCAUGUCCAACAUGGAGAAGCACCUGUUCAACUUGAAGUUCGCGGCCAAAGAGCUGAGCCGCAGCGCCAAGAAGUGCGACAAGGAGGAAAAGGCCGAGAAGGCCAAAAUCAAGAAGGCCAUCCAGAAGGGCAACAUGGAAGUGGCGCGCAUCCACGCGGAGAACGCCAUCCGCCAGAAGAACCAGGCGGUGAACUUCUUGCGGAUGAGCGCGCGCGUGGACGCGGUGGCGGCGCGGGUGCAGACGGCGGUGACCAUGGGCAAGGUGACCAAGUCCAUGGCCGGCGUGGUCAAGUCGAUGGACGCGACGCUCAAGACCAUGAACCUGGAGAAGAUCUCGGCCCUCAUGGACAAGUUCGAGCACCAGUUCGAGACGCUGGACGUGCAGACGCAGCAGAUGGAGGACACCAUGAGCAGCACCACCACGCUCACCACGCCCCAGAACCAGGUGGACAUGCUGCUGCAGGAAAUGGCCGACGAGGCCGGCCUCGACCUCAACAUGGAGCUGCCCCAGGGCCAGACCGGCUCGGUGGGCACCAGCGUCGCCUCGGCCGAGCAGGACGAACUGUCCCAGAGGCUGGCCCGGCUCCGGGACCAGGUGUGAUGGCCGAACCGCCUCCGGGACUUAGAAGGUCCGGGCCCCUCACACUCCUCCCGAGGAA